ACAGGGCUGCAGCUGUCUGAGAACAACAAUAACAAGCUCUACCCAACAACUCCAACGCGGCUGGAACAGACUGACAGCGCCAAAUACCAGCGAAUUUCACAAAAUGCGGCUGUCGACAUAACUCAGGCCUCCAUUUCUUCGUCGUCGAAAAGUGGGUUAUCGUCGCCGCCUCCUCCGUGAAACAAACACCGAGACUCGGCCGCAGGGGCAACAGGGCAGUUCUGGGCUGCAUCUGGGUCAGUGGGCCUGUCGGCGGCUGGAACGGUGGUUUUGUUAUCCCGCAGUGCCCCGUUGCGCAUGACAUUCGUUUAACGUUAUAUACAUCGUGUCACCUGCAUAAACCGUGGUAGCAUGCAGACUAACGGGACAGCACAGGACCGAGAUUCAGAACUGUCCUGCCGAAACGGUGAGCAGAACGGUGAGUCGUCCUCCAACGGACUUCUGUCAGUCACCAACAAUGGAAACACUGUCAGCAACAACAACGGAGUGUCAGCCCAGUCUGCGUCCAACAACAUCAACUGCACGUCGGACGCCACCUCGGGCGUCAAAAAGAAGAAGCGCCUGUCUCAGUCCGAGGAGGAUGUCAUCAGGCUGAUAGGACAACAUUUACACGACUUAGGUCUCAAUCAGACGGUGGACCUCCUGAUGCAGGAGUCUGGCUGCAGACUGGAGCACCCCUCUGCUACUAAAUUUCGCAAUCAUGUCAUGGAAGGAGAGUGGGACAAGGCUGAGAGUGAUCUGAAUGAGCUGGAGGCUUUGAUGCAUUCUCCAAGUGCUAUAGUGCGGAUGAAGUUUCUGCUGCUGCAGCAGAAGUAUCUAGAGUACCUGGAGGAUGGGAAGAUUUUGGAGGCCCUGCAGGUCCUCAGAGCCGAGCUCACUCCUCUCAAGUACGACACAGAGCGUAUCCAUAUCCUGAGCGGGUACCUGAUGUGUAGUCAUGCAGAGGACCUGCGAACCAAAGCAGAGUGGGAAGGCAAAGGCACGACAUCCCGAACUAAGCUGUUGGACAAGCUCCAGACGUACCUGCCUCCAUCUGUGAUGCUGCCUCCUCGCCGCCUGCAGACUCUGCUGAGGCAGGCGAUGGAGCUGCAGAGAGAGCGCUGCCUCUACCACAACACCAAGCUGGACAGUGGACUGGACUCAGUCUCCCUGCUGCUGGACCACGCCUGCAGUCGGAAACAGUUCCCUUGCUACACUCAGCAGAUUCUCACUGAACACUGCAAUGAAGUCUGGUUCUGCAAGUUCUCUAACGACGGCACAAAACUGGCAACUGGGUCCAAAGACACCACAGUGAUUGUGUGGCACGUCGACACAGAAACCCAGCAGUUGAAGUUGAUGAAGACUCUGGAGGGUCAUGCCUAUGGUGUUUCUUACCUAGCAUGGAGCCCUGAUGAUGCCUAUCUGAUAGCAUGUGGUCCUGAUGACUGCUCCGAGCUGUGGCUGUGGAAUGUACAGACGGGGGAGUUGCGCUCAAAGAUGAGUCAAUCUCACGAAGAUAGCCUGACCAGCGUGGCCUGGAAUCCAGAUUGUAAACGCUUCGUCACUGGCGGCCAGAGAGGCCAAUUCUACCAGUGUGACUUGGAUGGAAACCUGCUGGACUCAUGGGAAGGAGUUAGGGUGCAGUGCCUGUGGUGUCUGAAUAAUGGCCGGACUGUCCUCGCAUCAGACACCCACCAACGCAUACGUGGAUACAAUUUUGAUGACCUGACAGACCGAAACAUUGUGCAGGAGGACCACCCCAUCAUGUCUUUCACUGUUUCCAAAAAUGGAAGGUUAGCUCUGCUCAAUGUUGCUACUCAGGGAGUGCACCUAUGGGACCUGCAUGACCGGGUGCUGGUGAGGAAGUACCAAGGAGUAACCCAGGGUUUCUACACCAUCCACUCCUGCUUCGGAGGGCACAAUGAAGACUUCAUUGCUAGUGGCAGUGAAGACCACAAAGUUUACAUCUGGCACCGGCGCAGUGAGCUGCCCAUCGCAGAGCUGACUGGUCACACUCGUACAGUUAACUGUGUGAGCUGGAACCCCGUCCUGCCUGGACUGCUGGCCAGCGCCUCAGACGAUGGGACCGUACGAAUCUGGGGACCCGCCCCCUUUCUGGAUGUCCAGGAUGCAGAAGGGCUUAAUGAAUGUUGCCGCAUGGACAGCUGAUGAUCUGCUGCUGCUGUGAACCUGAAGAGCAUUAGGACUCUGUAGACGUUGGGAAAGCUGUGAUGAACAGCUGCUUCCUGGAGGCGUGACCAGCAGUGCUGCCUGUCAGGGUUUCACAACACAAGAAAUGUCAGACUCUGGUGAAGCUGGGCUCCACGACCUUCAGUGUCAGCCCACCUCCUCCUCUUGUCCGGACCUGUUCCCUCAGCAUCAUUCAGGACCACCCAUCUCCUCUUAUUUAUUAUGAACUACAUUAUUUAUUUAUGAGUAGUUCACUGACUUGUGCUAGAACCUAGUGACGUAACAGCACAUGUGGAGGAUGUGUGUUCUUAGUUUUCUUCAGUCCUGUGUCUGAGCUGUUCACAUGAACCAUCUUCAACUUUUUUGCUCUUUCACCUAUAUCCUGAACCUUUUAUGAGAUUUAACCUACAGUACAGGAACAUUUGAUGGAUGUAACACCCACUUGAAGAGAAUCUUUUUAAUGCAAAAUUCUUAUCUGGUCUUUUUUUUAAAUACAGAAUACAUCUUUCCUGCUUGUAGCCAGAGAAAUAAUAGUAUUUGAUGAGAAUAGGAUUGCACAGGACGACGUAUUUGUUGGCCAACUCGUGUUUUACGCUAGUAGUAUGUCCAGCUAUGUGUUAAAGUACAUUGAGGGGCUGUCUUCUGAGAGUAAAACUGUAGAGUUCAAAGCAAUUAUCUGUCAACCAUUUGCUCUCCAUAUGGAUUAUCUGAGUGUAGUUUCCUUCAGCUGCAGUGUGGAUAUACUCUUUAUUUUGCUGUUACAUCUUUGCUCUAGUUUCACCAUUUGCUCUUUAUUUCCAUUGCAACUUGUUGCCCUCUCUCCCUGCAUACAAAUAGCAGUCUUUAUAUGAAUUUCUUUUGGUUUGCUUUAGUUGUUACAUGUUCUAAGUUUUAGUCUUAGUCUUCAUCUUUCUGACUUUCCUACUCUUUCUGUGGCUCUCAGCUCCAAGCCCAUUGGUUCCUCCUGAAGAUGUAAAUCUUUAAAAACACCUCUCAAAUAUAUAGUUUCAUGUUUUAGAGCUCAGUAAUUUCCUAAAACUAGUUUUUAUCAAAGAGGAGGAAAUAUUGCAUUUGUUAGGGACUAUUUUCAGCGGCGGAGGAAUCCACAUGUGGCACUCUAGUGAGUAUUUGGGGCAGCAGGAUGGUGUGUGGGUUCAUGCUGAUGAUCCUUCAUCAGCAUGAACCCGGUGCAGCAGUGAGGCUCACUGAUGGGUUUUAAUAGUUUCUGGACAACAAUGGAGCUCCAUGGUUUAGAGGAAGAGGCGGCAUCAGGCUGUGAUACACACACAGGACUUGUUACUUGUUACUAGGAUGCAUUCAGUGUGGUUCCUAGCCUUAUCCUUUCACACAGUGACAAAAGGAUGGUGUGUAUCUUUAACUAUCAGCGUUUGUACACAAGUGUAACAUAAAGUUAUUAUGAACUUCUACAAAGUGUUUUCUUUCAGAGUCAAAAGAACAAUCUUGUCUGAUAUGACGUUCUAUGUUCUAUGCUGUAUAUUUGUAUGGCAUGUAUUAUGAGGCUGUGUACAAAAGGGUUCCCACGCCUGUUUUUUUUACUGUCAAAUUCAAAAUGAUUUCAGCUACUCUUUCAGAGCUUCAUACCAAAUUUUCUUAACUGCAGUACUGUUGUAAUAUAAAAGCAGCAAGUUUACUUUUCAGAAUGAGUUUUGAGAUUCACAAACUACAUUGCAGCCAAACCAUUCAAAAAAUUCCACCUACUUUUGUCACAUUUUUUAAAACAGUUUCUACAGAUUCUGUGUACAAGUUUAUUAGAAUCUGAAUUCUUUAUCCAAAACCUUUCCUGGACAACAACUGCAGGAUUGUGGGAACCCUGUUGAUCUGCCCAGACCACCACCACAGCCAUCACCAGCUUAAACUCUGCCAUCACUGAACACACACGAUUGGUACACAACAAUAGAUGUCACUCCACACACUUGAUUCAAUCACAGAAGUUGUGUUCUAGUUUCUUCUUCUGUGACUUUCUUUAGUUUGUUUAUUUUGAGGAAUUAAGGCUUCUAUUCUUUUCUCUUCUCAUUGUAAGAAGCCAAAGUAGGAACUUUGUUUGCUUGCAGGCACUUUCUUCCAGAAACCAUUUUCCAUUUUAAAUGUGUUAUUACAAAAAGUGAUUGUACUGUUCUGUAUUGUUCUGUAUGAGAAGUGUUAUGUAUGCAUAUUUUAAAUAAAGCAUUCAGGGUUUUAAA